AUGAAGACCCAGCCCUCCCAUCGCCGAGGGAAAGGAGAACAUCUGGAGAAGGAGCAGGAAGCCAGGCAGAUGCCUCCAGCACCCUCACCGUCUCAUCGCGUGGCGUGUCCCUUACUCAUAGUGGGCUUGCUUCUGAUAGUGGUAGCACUUGGGUGUUCCUAUGUCGCUCUUUUCCAGACGACAGACGGAAUGAAGAUGGAAAUGUUGGAGUUACGAAAGGGCGGGUUGGCCCUCAAGAACCGGGAUGGAGACGUCAUCUUCAGGUUGACCUUCCAAUCUGGCGUCCUUGACCUGGAGUCCUGCUUCCAGGGAACAGACGUGUUGACUUGUUCUAGGACAGAUAGAAGGAAAAUCCGUUUCGUGAUCAGAGCAAUUAAACCAAGGAGGACCCUGAGCUGCUACUCCAUCACCUGGGAAGAGUUUCUAGCAGAGACGGUGGUGGAGCACAAAAUGUUCUUGGGAGAUGCCUCCUGGUAUGGAGGCUAUGAGAUGAGUGUCCAGCAUUGGCCAUUCCAGCUGCCAGGAGACCAGGAACCCAUGCCUUACGUGACCAGCGAUGUCUACUCUUUUCGGAAGAGUUUCGGGGGUGUCCUGGAGAGAUAUUGGUUGUCCUCCAAAGCGGUAGCUUUCAAGAUUGAUGACUCGGUUCCUUUCCACCUCGGCUUCAACGCCACGGAACCCUCUCUUGUUUUCCAAGCCAAGUAUACAGAUUCUCCAUAUGGUUCUUUGCUGGAGAAUCAAGCUUUUCCAAGGUUAUGUUACCAUGUCUGCGCGUCUCCUGACAUGGCUUCCACCCACAAAUACAUGUCCCAGAAUUAUUUCAGGAGACCUUUGAAGGUUCCGUCAGAACAGAUGUUCAGGUUUCCAGUCUGGUCCACUUGGGCCCUCUACAAAAAGGAGAUUGAUCAAAAGAAAGUUCAGGAAUUCGCCCAAAUGAUCCUGAAGCACGGAUUUAAAGCCAGCCAUAUUGAAAUCGACGACAUGUACACGCAGAGUUACGGAGACUUCGACUUCGACAUCUUGAAGUUCCCUCGGGCAGCAGAAAUGUUUGAAAAUCUUAAGAAAGGCGGGUUCAACGUUACAGUUUGGGUCCACCCCUUUGUCCACGAGAAAUCACCCAACUUUAAGGAAGGAAUCGAGAAACGUUUCUUUGUCACGCAACGAAACGAGGGGUCUCCCGCCAUGGUGAAGUGGUGGAAUGGAAUUGGCGCCAUCUUGGAUUUCACCAACCCUGCCACCCGAGAUUGGUUUCACGCUCACUUAAAGGAACUUGGCUUAAAAUAUGGCAUAUCCUCCUUCAAGUUUGAUGCCGGAGAGACGUGCUACCUUCCCAAAGAGUUCACCACCUUCCAGCCUCUUCUGGAUCCAAGCACUUGGUCCAGGUAUUACGCAGAAAUGGCCAGCCCUUUUUAUGAACUUGCAGAGGUUCGUGUGGGGUACCAGACGCAACAUAUCCCGUGUUUUGUCCGUAUUAUUGACCGGGAUUCAAUCUGGGGAUACGAGCUUGGGUUAAAAUCCAUAAUUCCCACAGUUCUAAGCAUUGGUCUUCUGGGAUACCAUUUCAUCCUACCAGAUAUGAUCGGUGGGAAUUUUAUCCCAGGUAAAACAGACGGGGCUUUGGAAAUCCCGGAUCGGGAACUCUACAUCCGUUGGCUGGAGUUGUCCGCCUUCAUGCCGUCCAUGCAGUUCUCCAUCCCGCCUUGNCUCCAGUCCCCUAAUUUAGUUAAAGUAUUCCUUAUUUUCCACAAUUACGAGUGA